AAAAUAAUUUUUUAAUUAAUACCACCCUUGUUUUUAUUUUGUUGGUUUGAACAAGUGUUAAUACUCUCAUGAACCUACGUUUUACUUUACAGCUUUCGAACAAAUGCUAACACCAUUAGCAAGGACGCUUGAAGCGUAUCUGUCCAUCCCCGAAUCUAUUUACAAGUAAAAUAAACAAUAUUUCUCAUAGUAAAUCCCAGAAACACACAUUUUCAUGCAUUGUUAUAUAGGUUAUUUCCGCAAAAGUCUUAUUGCUGUUAUUAUUAUUAUUAAAUUUAAAUGGAGCCGGUUAAACUUGUUGAAAACUUCAUUAUGAAUGGCUAGGCGAGUAUGAACGUUAAACUGUAUUUGGUAAUACAUGCCGUGGCAAUGAAGUAAAGCAAUUGUUCAGCGCCCAAUAAACAUCAUAAACACUGACUAAGCUAACUAACCGUCUAUUAGAUUCAAGACAUACAGGUAGACAACGGUGGCAGAGGUUUGACUUAACAUCCACGCAGAGUCAUUGUACCAGUGCCACAGUUUUCUUACACACUUCUCCCAACCGAUGAAGUUGUUCAGCGUCAAUGCGGUUGCUGCUCUUAUUUGAUGGGGAUGAUGGCGAUCAUAAUGAUGGUCGUUGUGCACAUGUUUACCCCUCAGUCUGAGUCGAUUUUGACUUCCAGUAGCUAUACAAUGACUGCUGCUCCCACUGCUUCUUCGACAACUGCUCCCCACCACACCACGCUUCAUACAAAACGUUUCAGACAAUUAUUUAACGAAUGUAUAAUAAACGAAAGAUUUUAUUGGUUCAAUUUAAACAUUACCGUUGAAUAAAUAAGACGUUGAGUUAAAGGUGGCGGCUAAAAAGAGAUAGUGGUGCUCAAAAUAUUUAAACUUUAUUUUGUUCGUUCGUUUUGUGUGCAUUUGUUUCGAAAAAGAAGUGAAAAUGAAUUAUUUUUUAUUUGGAAGAAAACUUUUAUUAUUAAUUUUUUAUAUAACUGCCGUACGGCGUACUGAAGCAAUGCAUAAUUAUGCCCACAUUUAUCAAAUUCCGAAUGGCUAUCCUGCAAAAGCGGCCACGAACAAAAUGAUUCUACACGAUAUGAAAUGUGCCUUUCACCCUAUUACAAAUAAUAGUGUACAUUUUGAACAUAUUAUGACUGAAAUGUAUAACAUGCCAAUGAAAAAUCCAAAAAUUAAUUCAGCCAUGGUUUUUAAAUUACCACUGGAGGAUGAAUUUACCAGAGAUAAUAGACCAAAAGAGCGUAUGAUAUUUAUGGAUCGUCAAGAAUUUAUAGAACCCACAUUUCCUAAUCUAACAGAAUCAUAUAUGGCGUUGCGAAGAUUUCGAUAUUCGAAAAGACCGCUCAAUAAAAAGAUUACAGAACUCAUGAAAAUCGAAAUGAAUGCAAUAGAAAGUCAAACCACCCACGAUCCAUGGUCGAAUUUGGGAUUGGACGGUUGGAAUGGAGAUAUUGCACAACCAACAACUCAAGAUUAUCGUCAAAGUUCUCCCUCGAACUCAUUAACGGAGUACCCCUAUCAUGAAAUUACCAAAGAUUUGUACGGAGGCAUAUCAUCAACUGAAUACUUAAGAGAUAUAAAUGAAGCUGAAAUGAAGGAAAAACAAUCUCGCGACGAAUUAAGAAAAGAAAUGGACGAGAAUGUGUUUAUAGCUCGAUCAAAUGAUCCUUUUGGCUAUUCGACAAAAUGGGAAAAGAGAAAUCAGACGAAGCAUAAACGAGAUGUUUUGCGACUGUAUUCUAUGUUAAAAUGUUCUACGGGUUGUGAUCCACUGAUCUAUAAAGGUUACGGUUGUUAUUGUGGAUUUCUGGGCCAUGGUAUACCAGCGGAUGGUAUAGAUAGUUGUUGCAAACUACACGAUAAAUGUUACGAACACAGUAAUUGCCUCUCUUAUCUGGAAUAUUUUGUACCCUAUGUGUGGAAAUGUUAUCGUGGUAAACCUUUGUGUGCUAUAGAUCAUGGAGAAUGGGGAGGACCUAAUUCAUGCGCAGCACGACUGUGUUAUUGUGAUUUAAGAUUGUCGCGCUGCUUGCGGCAAUACGCAUGUCCCAGCAGACGAGCUGUGUGCAAAUCAUCUUUAGCGAGAAGAUUGCAAAAUUUUAUUUUUACUUAGAGCUAAGCUUAGAUUUGUUACUAACAUUGUUGUUAUGUGGUUUUAAAAUCAAUGUUUAAUUUAUUGUUUUGUA